GGGGCUGAGAGGCGCGUGGACAGAAGGUGGUUGGCCUCCGUCCCGUCCCUUUCCCUCCCCUGCAACAGAGGGGCAAGACUGGUUUGAAGCAGCCAGGUAGGACUGGAGAGAAAGUGGGAACGUGAUGUCGAAACAGGUGGGGAGAGGGGUUGCUGGGCAACCAGGAACUGCAAACGCUUCCAUGAAGGAGAUGUUCAUCAAAGAGUUGGACCAAUGGAUAAAACAGCUGAAAGAUUGUAAACUCCUCAAUGAGAACCAAGUGCGCACUCUAUGUGAGAAGGCUAAGGAAGUCCUAAUGAAAGAGUCAAACGUUCAGGAAGUCGCUUGUCCCAUUAUUGUCUGCGGCGAUAUCCAUGGUCAAUUUCAGGAUCUUUUGCAUAUCUUUACGAUUGGUGGGAAAUUACCAGACAAAUGCUACCUUUUUUUGGGUGAUUAUGUUGACAGAGGCUUGCACUCAGUAGAGACUGUGACUUUACUUGUAUCUUUAAAAGUACAAUAUCCAAAGUCUAUUACAUUAUUGAGAGGAAACCACGAGUCUCGAGAUGUUACUCGAGUUUAUGGUUUUUAUGAUGAAUGCCAAAAGAAGUAUGGAAAUGCCAAUGUCUGGAAAUAUUUUACAGACCUGUUCGAUUAUUUCCCCAUUACAGCUUUAGUUGACAGCCAGGUAUUUUGCGUUCAUGGGGGUCUGUCUCCUUCCAUAGAUACCCUGGAUCAUAUAAGAGCUUUGGAUCGUUUUAAAGAAGUCACCAUGAAUGGACCAAUCUGUGAUCUAUUAUGGUCUGAUCCAGAUAAUAUUGAGGGAUGGAGGCCCUCUCCAAGAGGGGCUGGGCACACAUUUGGACCAGACAUUUCUCAAAUAUUUAGGCUGGCCAAUGGUCUUUCUCUGAUUUCCAGGGGUCACCAACUUGUGGAGCAAGGUUACUUCUGGACUCAUAAUGAAAAGGUGCUAACCAUUUUCAGUGCACCCAAUUAUUGUAACCGUUUUGGGAAUCUGGCUGCUAUCAUGGAACUGGAUGAUCCUAUAAAGUACUCCUUCCUACAGUUUGACCAAGCACCUCGAGGGAAGUGUACCGGCAUCCCACUUCUACCUUUCUCCUAUAGACAACCCUGGGCAAAAUCUGUUGUAAAUAUUAGGCAGAAUUCGCAGAAUAUUUUUGAAAACCAAAGCUAAACAUUUUUCAUGACUGGUGAUAUCUGGAAUGUGGUAAAAUAGCAAUUGAAAAACAGCAAAGAAGAAUUACAUUAUUACAAAUGCCAGAGCGUUUGUUAAUAAAACAUUUUAUUUCAUUCUGUUUGAAAUUAUGUUAUUACUUAUUAAAACCAAUACUAAAGGCUGCUA